GUACGGGGAACUGAUCACCCCCGAGGCGAGGCGGACGACGCUCCAGUAUUGCUCUGCAGGACAGGAACCAGGACGAGAACCAUUGUGGGUCCCAGAACGGCUGACGCGCGUGGCGAAUCCAACGAAACAUAAUGCAGGAGACACUCCAAAACUCAACGGCAGCGGACAGCCUAAUCAAGAUCGGUCCGACCAGGAUAUUGCUGCUCGACCGAGGAAUACCGUAUGACUUAUGGGACACAGUAAUGAUUAUGCUCUCGAUAGUAAUUGGCUCUCUUUUAGGGUACGGUGCAGCCAGAGUGGCUAGGCCACGCUGCCUUCCGGCAGCCCCCUUCCUUCUGGUUUUGAUGCUCACCACCACUACUGAAAUAGGAGCAGACUUGGUGUGGGCAGCAAUACAUCAUCCGCCAGCGCUAGCCGCUAUCUCCACCACAGCCCCCUCUCUCCCAAAGUUGUAUGCAAAAAACUGCUCCGCCAGAUUGCCUUGCAUACCAGAUACACCGUUAACCAUCAGACCCAUACGUUUUGACCUUCCCAUCACCAAUGACGUGGUCAUUUUUUCCACUAAUAGUAACCCCUCGUGUCACCGGGGAUCCUGCGUUAGCUUCCUGCCCCUCCUUGUAAAAUGGUACAAUACCUCCCUGACGGUGAGGUUGUCUGUCCCAUCCCUGCAUUCGCCUGGAUGUUUUAAAGCUGGCACACUUAGCGGCGGAGUCAUCACUUUUAACUCAACCUGCAAACCCCGAGCAGCCAUGCACACCCGUCCCGAUUUCCCCACAUGCCCAUACCGUGUGUCCCCAAGCCGAAAAAGACAGAUGGUGGACCUGUCACAACUUUCAUGGCAGCCCUGUACUGUCGACGGCGUGGGAGUGACUCAUCUAAACAUGUCUUGGUGGUCCCGGUUCUCUCCUCCAUCCGGUAGUAACAACAUAUUCGCGUUGACCUGGUGGGAGUCCUACCUGAGAGUGAACAACAAGUGGGCAAUAAGCUUCCCCUUCCCCCUUAAUGAAAAUUGGUUGUGCCUCUCCACCGGAGCCUGCAUGGACUUAAGACCCAUGCUCGCUAUUAACGCUUCUGCCUCUAAUGGAACCACCAAUGUCACCCUUAAUUCUGAGGCUGCAUGCGUAAAACCGCCCUACUUAUGGGUAUUCUCUGCUGACAUCUCCUUUAAGUGCAGUAACCAACCAUGCUUUACAGGGAACUGCUGGAAUGGGUCUUUCCCGUAUGCUAUGUUGGCUCUUCGACCCCCACUGAUGUGGGUUCCCUUUAACGAAUCUGUUUGGGUUCAUCCCGUCUAUCAGCAGGACCAACUACCCAUGCUCAGACGUAAGAGAGAUUUUGGGAUCACAGCGGCCCUGACAGCACUGUUCGUGACUCUGACUGCGACGGCUGUGACGGCUGCCGUUGCUCUGACCCAGUCUACGCUGAUGGCUCAGGCCUUUACCAAUCUUACAGACACCACCUCCCUGGCGCUGAGGGAGCAACAAGAAGUCAACCUACUCCAGCACAACGCCAUAAUGGCGUUACAGCAGCAGAUCGACCUAAUCGCUCAGGAAGUCCAGGGACUCUGGGAGGUGGCUAACAAUUUAUGUGACGCCAGAUGGGCAUUCACCCAGUUGUGCGUUACCCCCAUCCAGGUCAACCGUUCGGCUUACAGGCAAUUUCAGGAUUAUGUUCUCACCACCUAUAAUUCUUCCUUUUGGAACGCUAGCGUGCGCCUGGAUAUGACUAUCCGGCAGCUAGAUCAGAUAGAGGUGCCUAUACUUACAGCCUCCUUUUUUGAUGAUGUCCUAAGCCAGAUAGGCUCCUUCUUCAAACCUUCGUCACUUCUUGCGUAUGGGAUCAUUCUUGCUCUUGUGAUUGUCACUCUCGUGACUCUUAGGUGCCUGCGGUCGAUAAGGGCGACCCAAAAGACACAUAUGACAUUGAUGAUGUUGCUGGCCCAGAGUCAAGGGGAUUCCACACCUAGCGUUUUCUGGGCUCAGGCUAGAAAGGCACGGCUCCUUUAACCAGUACGUGGCUGCCCUCGCCAUUAUUCUUACGGAUGUUCUAGUAUUAUUACGUACGUCUCCUUCCCCGUCGCGGCUGCGAACUUAGACUAGAAGGACCCCACGCUUAAGGCGUGUUCCCAUUGAUAAUUAGAAAAUAGUAAUUAGUGAUUGUAGUGAACGGGGAUUAUGGUUGGUAAUUAGUGAUUACGCGGUUCCUCAAAUGUCACUCGGCUGACCCCUCCGUGUCUCCCCCAAGAUAUAAGCUUUAAGAGUUGAGUGGGCAAGCCAACGACGGGUAAGACGGGAGAAGUUCUCCUGAUCAACCUAAGACAGGCUCUACUCCGAGGGUCCUCUAGGGAGUAAGAGUUAUGGCAUUGAGAUGCGAGACCAAGGGUACUGCAGUGCCAUCCGCCUCGAGGGUUGAGGGGAAGGCAGGAAUGAAUGUCUAUAUGCAUCCAGGUUCGGUUCACAAAAGCCUGGCCCUGCGAAAAAAUGAACCACUCACCUUGAGCAUGGUCCUGGCGCAAGGAUAUGUACGAGACAAGGUGAUGCACAGCAGGGUAUAGACCUCUACAUUCUCUCAUGCCUCGGCCUGCGAAAUAGGCCCACUCCCAGACACCUCACAUGGACCCACAGACCACACUAUCUUAAUAAAUAAAGAAGGGGGAGAUGUUGGGAGCUCGACCGAGUGAUAUGAGGCCUGUGGUGAGGAGUGAAGCCUGAGCUAGAUUGCCCCUCCCAUCGACCGAGUGAUAUGAGGCCUGUGGUGAGGAGUGAAGCCUGAGCUAGAUUACCCCUCCCAUCGAGUAUGCCAAGAUGGCGCCCAUUUCCUGCUCCCUAGCUAGUAAACAACACGCCCUGUAAGCUAGUCUGCCCAGCAACAGCUGACGCUGGCCAAUCAGCUCGUCUUGCCUACUUUGAUGUGAUUGGUCGAUGUGUCCAUAUAUAUGCUGACACCACCCCUGGGGAAAAAACACACACCAAGAAGAGGGACUGCUGAGAGAAGCACACAAGGAGCCGUAGGGAACGGACCAGAGGAGGCUUCCCUCAGGCGGGAUCCGAGAUCCCGGAACAGGGCGUACGGAGAGAGAAAAUAAACCAGAGGCUAUCCGCCGA